UACAACAUAAUCUCAAAGAUGGCUAAUCGAGGCUACGAUGCGGUAGUCGAUGUUGAUGUCGAGGGCGACCUUGGUCAUACAGACCUUCAAGAAGACCUUGAAUUUCAUUCCUCAAAUUUCGAGGAGACACCUCGCCGUGCCAAAGCCCAUCCAGAUUCCUCAUCUUUCCUUGGUGGCUCGUCUCGACAAACAGGUCCGCCAGGGAGUGCUGCAGCAAACGCAAAGAUCUGGAGUAUAGCAUAUUACAACCGAUACUUUGACGUUGACACAUCAGAAGUAUUCCGACGAUGCGUUGCGACCCUCUACCCGAGAUCGAACUUCCUAGACGUUCUUGAUGGAAAUCCAGAUUUAUACGGUCCGUUUUGGAUCGCUACUACUGUCGUAGUAAUCCUUUUCCUUACCGGUACUGUCUCCCAGUAUCUGGCUAGAAGGGGCGACCAUCAUUUCGAGUACGAUUUCCGCCUUCUUUCUGGAGCCGCGGGACUUAUAUACGGUUAUACAUUUGUACUACCUGUUGCACUAUGGGGAGCAUUACGCUGGUUUGGUAGCUCAAGUGCAGAUCUGAUUGAGUGCUGGGCGCUCUAUGGGUAUGCAAAUUUGAUCUGGAUUGCCGUUGCACUAGUGAGCUGGAGUCCACUUACUGCGCUGAAUUGGGCCCUUGUUGGGGUCGGAUUUGGAUGGACAGUAUUCUUCUUACUGAGGAAUCUUUAUCCGGUUCUGAGCGCAACGGACAUGAAAACUAGCAAGAUAUUGCUAAUAGUGGUCAUUGUGCUUCAUGCUGCCUUGGCCAUCGCAAUCAAAGUGCUGUUCUUUGCCCAUGGCAGCUAUGCUAAGAAGAAGCAUGACGACAAGCACGAUGACAAGCACGAUAAAGGUGAUAAGCAUGACGACGACAAGGACAAGAACUCGCGAUUUUAAA